AUGAGCUCUCUUCGCAAACUCAUUCCCUUUGGAAACCGCGUGCUGGUCCAGCGGUUCGAAGCUGCUGCCAAGACCGCGAGCGGCAUUUACCUCCCGGACGCCGAUUCGAAGCAGCCGAACGAGGGCAAAGUCGUGGCUGUUGGACCCGGUGCCCGUGCCCCUGAUGGCGCGUUGAUCCCAGCCCAGAGUGCCGUCGGGGACAAGGUGCUGCUGCCCGAGUACGGUGGCAGUUUGGUCAAGUUGGGCGACCAGGAGCUCUUUUUGUUCCGUGACGAGGACAUCCUCGGAAAGCUCGAGUAG